GUAUAAUUCCGGUUUAAUUUCUCCUGUUUGUAAUUAUAUAAUUAUUACACAUGAUUAUAAAACACAUGAUGUAGAGUAAAUGUGGUAUCCAUUUUCAUCUGUUGCGUGUGUAAUAUAUAUAAAUAUCGUAAGAAAACAUGAUACAAUAUACCUUAUGAUUCGUACAUUCUAAUGUUGGAACUCAGAUAUGAAGUAGCAAACGGUGGAAUUUCGCCUUGCUACUUUAAUCAAAGAUAAACUGAUAAGAUUGCAACGUGAUAGUUAUUUAAAAUAAAUCAAUUAAAUAGCGUUUCCAUAUUGAUGCGGAGUAUACAUACAUACAUGUACAUACGUACAUACGUGUUAUACAUAUAUCGUAGCACUGAAUCGUGUUAAUACUCAGUAAGGAUUUCUUCUUUAUUGAACAGCUUAUUCGCCGCGUAAAAUAAAACUGUACAAAAAAAAUGUCAGGAAAUAGAAAAAAUUGACGAUGCCAACGUAUUCGUGGUAAAAGCGAAAACGUAAAGUGUUGUUUAAGUUAUACAUCGUGCGAGUAUUUUUACGGUUCCUAAGCAAGUAUCUCACCUCACGUGCACAGUCACAAAAAUCCAUUGCACCAAACACAGUUGCUAAUAAGUAAGGCAGUUGAUGCAUCUCAAUAUAAUGAAAAACGGACGAUUAAAAUUCAUUUGUUUCAAGUUUCGGAAAAUAAGGUGUUCUAAAGCAAAAUUCAGACAUUACUUUGCGGAAAUGCAGUGUAUAACCUUUCGGUAGCCAUGCCAAUAAAUUAAUGUAUAAAAGAAAAGAUUCCAGUACAUGGAAAUAAUUUAAAUUCCACUUAGUCUGGAUAAUGCAUUUAAUUAAAUUAACGUAUCAUUAGGAAAUAUAUAACAGAAAAAUGUCUGCUGGAACAGAAUUAUUAUCCACAGCGGAACCACAUCUUAUUCCAGGGUAUGCCGGAUACUGUCCUCAAUAUCGCUACAGAUGUGGUGAAACGUAUGGAAGUCUUACGCACAAAGUGCUUCUUGAUCCUACAGUGAAUCAUGCCGAGACCCUCAUUUUAUCGAACCGUAUCCCCGACGAUUACGAGGUCCAGAGGCCACCGAAAAAUGACAUAGACGUAGUAAAUGCUAGAUACAAAAGGACCGAUCCUAUAUUUAUUCAUCCUAUAACACCAAGUUACGAAGGAUUUACUCCAAAACUAAAAGCCAGAAAUGGACAAAGAUACACGGUGUUGGCUACAGAAGGACUUGCCGAAUUUGAACGACAACAAUUAAGAAACAGAGCGGCUCUUAAUGAACUUAAACGAAUUAUAGAUAUACAAGCUGGACAGGGUGAACCAAGAAAUUUAGAAGAUCGUUUGCUCAUAAAAAGUGAGUUUAAACUGCCUAUGCUAACAGUUCGACCUGAUUGCGUGGGUGUAACGAGGAAUUUAUUUUUGGACGAACAACACGAAACACCCAGCGAUCACUCUCCAUCCCCUUACUUUAUGGACAAUGCAAAUCCGCAAAAAUACUUUAUCAGUCGAUACGGGGGUCAUAUACCAUACGGAUAUGCGCAUUUUGGAAAAACAAACGUUCCAGCUACUAACAGCGCCCUUUGCGAUUUUACAUCUGAUUAUCGAAAACGACAAAGUACAGAAUGGGCACCAGUAACAAUUUCACGACCUGAUCCACCUCUAUUAAUUCAACCCACUACUAUUUACCACAAACAUGUUGGUAUGCUUCCAAAUUAUCUUGGACAUGUUCCUGGAGAAACAUUCAGAUUUGGCAAAACUUUUGGAGCUGACACUAAAGAUGCGAAAAGAUGGCUCCGUGGUGAUUUCUCUGCAUAAAAUAUAAAAUAUAAGAAAACAGUCUUAUGCAUAAUAAAAAUUUAAUACAAGAAAAAUAACAAUGUGUUUGUGCAG